AUUCAGUCGAGAGAUAGCUUUCUGCCCGGUGGUUGCUUGCGUUGUCGUCGAUUCGGUUCUUUGUGAGUGCGAGGUAUUCGUCGGUUUGCGGCAGUUUAGUAUCAGUCAGGUAGCCAUUCUUUGGUCGGAUACGGAUGCGUUUGGCAUCAUUUUCAUCUGGUGCGUGAUAGCUACGUAAUGUUAUUGAUGAGCAUAUUUUAGCCAGUUUCUCGCUAGAAGUGUCGGUUGAUUGAAUCAAAUUCUCGGGUUCUGUCCUUUUCGGCAGCUGUGCUUAUCAGUGGAUGAAUGAAUGAGUAAUCUGCAGUGGAGGCAGAUCAAUGUGCUGUGCAUCGUUAGCAGUGAUUAAAUUAGAUGAUGCAGUGGAUAUAGCUUAUUGGGGCAGUAGUGAGUAGUUCGUGUUUGCUGAUGAUUACGAGAUGUCAGCACCGAUCUUCCGAGUGACGCAAAUCAAGUGAUUUUUUUGCAUUUACUGUUUCUUGCGACGGUGUGGUAUGACGAUAUCAUGAAGAAGAGAUAAUCACCGUUUGAUAGACAAAAGUGACUAAAAUAUUUGCGCCCGUAGAACUUCUCUGUAUCAUAUUGUUCUUUUUGAAAAAAGUAUAUUUAAAUCUGCGCGUUCGCUUAGCGCCAAAAGGUUGAUGUAAAGUCGACAGUGAUUGGCCUGUGAUAACAGCAAAAAAAAAGUCGAAAAGCAUAAAAAAUCAGAAGAAAACCAGUUUGCGGCGUGAUAACAACAUAACGUUGGGAUACGCAGAAAAACAAUGUCACGAAUGGAUGAAGUGUUACCGGGUGGUAUUGGUGAUAACAAUAGCGGUGACGUAGAGCAGUUCGAGUCCGGUAAUAGUGGUUGCGGUUUGGCGGUGGUCAGUUCUUCCGAACCAAGCACGGCAGCAAUGGAGAAGAUAACGACGACGGCGGGUGUGACGACAGUACCGGCGGCGACGGCCACGAUAGCGUCACCGUCUGGCGAAACUGGUUCGCGUGCCACGGCAGAAGAAGCCACGGCUAGGACACGCGACGACUAUGAGCCAUGUGAUCCAUUAAUUAUCUUGAAUCUGUUUCAAUCACUUUCGAAUACGACCAGCUCGCUGGAGCUGCAGAUGAAGAUAAAUUUGCAUCUACAAAAACUCACCGAAUCACCAUGCGUGUUUCUGGUGCCUAUUCUUCAUUCCAGCGAGGAAGGCCUCAUACAGGUCAUCAACGAUAACGUCCUAGAUAAGGAAAUCCGAUUUUCGAUAAAUUCAACGCAUUUAAAAAAUGCCUCCCAGCACAAUGGAUACCCUUUCGUUAUAGAUGACCUGAAUAAAGACUUUUCGGAAGUCAUUGAGAUGGUGGUAGGCAACAAACACAAUACUCUUAUCUACGAUAUUAAAAGCCCCCGAAUCAGUAAACUUCAGACGCAGAUAUCCACCUCAUCCACAUCCUCGUCUGCGUCCUUCGAUGGGGGCAGCGCUGCGACGCAACACCAUUUCAACCACGCCAACGGCAGCAACAACAACGGUAGCAGUCGGAGCAAUCAUUCCCCCCUGCAGCAGCAAAUUGCUCUGUUUGUGUGUAUUGCCGGUGAAAACGAGUGUCGAUCUAGGUUCCAGUUUUACAUUGAAGACACGUUUAGAUAUGUACUGGGCCACCUGCUGACGGCAUUCGAUUUGUUCGAGGAAAAGCGGGUACGCUAUCAAUGCCAAAACCUGUUGCAGGUUGCCCGGCGGUUACUGGGCAAAAUAGGUGAUCUUGGCCAAUUGCUGCGGGGCGUGAUGACAGAAGCCAAAGAACUUGCCGCUGCCGAACGUUGUUCGCUUUUCCUGCUGGAUAAACAAACCGGAGAGCUGGUGUCGAAAGUGUUCGACGGCAACGAGGCUUCCAAGGAAAUUCGAAUAGCAAGCGGCAAAGGCAUCGCCGGCUAUGUGGCACAAACGGGAAAUCUGCUAAACAUCCGCAACGCUUACCAUCAUCCACUGUUCUACAAGGGUGUCGACGAAUCCACGGGCUUCAAAACGCGGAAUAUUCUGUGCUUCCCCAUUUGUGACGAGCAAGGCGUAAUCGGAGUGGCUCAACUGUGCAAUAAGCUCAACGGGUUUCACUUUGAUAAAUGUGACGAAGAAGUGGCUACCGCUUUCUCCGUAUACUGCGGUAUCAGCAUUAUGCAUGCACUGGUUCAUAAGCAAGUCCAAAAGGCGGAAGCACGCUACAAACUCUCCCAGGAACUGCUGCUCUAUCACAUGAAGGUGCCGGAUACGGAGAUUCAACACGUACUGGAAGCCGUCAACGCACACGAGGCGGAUCAGUUUGCGAUGGACUUGCCGCGGUUUGACUUCUGCCCCCGGGAAGUGAAAAACUAUGCUCUUUCGGUGCAAUUAUCAAUAAAAAUGUUCUACGAUCUCAACUUUGUGACCACGUUCCAAAUACCCGAAGACAAAUUGGCACGAUUUAUUCUGCUGGUACAAAAAGGCUACCGCGACACGCCGUAUCACAACUGGUGGCAUGCGUUUUCGGUGGCACAUUUUGCUUACUCGUUGAUGGUCAAUCUGAAGCUGAUAGAUAAUGGUGUUAUAACCAAAAUGCAAGGUUUCUCCUUCCUAAUUGCUGCUUUCUGUCACGAUCUGGAUCACCGGGGCACCAGCAACACCUACCAAACACAAUCCAGUAGUCCGCUGGCACGGUUGUACAGCAGCGAAGGAAGCGUCAACGAGCGGCACCACCUAUCGCAGGCGAUUUGCAUUCUCAACGACUCCAGCAGCAAAAUCCUCGACAGGCUUUCAACGGAGCAGUUCAAGGAGUGCAUUGACUUUCUAAGGGAUCUCAUUUUGGCAACCGAUCUGGCAAAUCACUUCAGGAUAAUGCCACAUCUGAAACGACUUCAACCGCAGAAUCUGUCCGAAGGUUCCAACCAGCGGUUACUUCUGUCGUUGAUGAUCACAUGCUGCGAUUUGAGCGACCAAAUUAAGAGUUGGAAAACGGUUCAACACGUGGCGCACCUAGUAUACGCCGAGUUCUUCGCCGAGGGGGACCUUGAAAAGCAGAUGGGCCUGCGGCCGAAUACUAUGAUGGAUCGAAAAAAGGCGUGUAUUCCGGUGCUGCAGAUCGAGUUCCUAUCGAUGGUCGUUCGACCAACCUUCGAAAUAUUGGCGCAGAUUUUCACAGAAACUCAACCAUUCCUUGACACGAUCGACAGUAAUCGACAGCAGUGGGUGGACAUCAAAGAGAACGGAGUCUGCUCUAGGACUAGUGACUGCUGUGAGAACUGCUACGAUACCUGUAAUUAGGAGCUGUGUGCUGAAGCCGUCGGUUGUGUUGGCUCGAGUCUAUCAUCGUUCGAUGCUAGUGAUUAGGUUUAGUUUAUACGAAAACAGUCCUUUAACCUGAGUGUAAUAUCUGUUCGUAAUGGUAUUCUGUGGUGAUUGCUGGAUAGCGAGAGUGUGUCUAUUUAUUUUCUAAUUAGGCCUAAUAGCGUAGAAAAAUGUGUUUUAUUGAAAAUAGUUGGUAAUCAAAGGUCCAUACAUCGAUCACUUUGUUUGCUGGCAAACGAUAAUAAUUAGAUGUACCUAAAUGUAAAGAAUGAUGUCUACUUUUAGUAAUUAAAUAAAUUUUAAUAUCUAGCAAUGUUAGUAAGAAAAAAUUCAACUUGAUAUUUGAUUGAAAACUUUACAAAUGCAAAUAGAAAAAAAUAUUCACAAACAAUAUAAAUGCUAUAAUGACAAUUA